AUGCCAGUCUACCCUAUUCGGCGCCGACCACGCGAGUGCAAAACGUGCCAUCAGUGCCGUGCGAGCAAGGUCCGUUGUGAUCGGAAUGUACCAUGCAGUAAUUGUGUGAAACGCGGUUUCAACUGCACCUACGGCCGUCCGCCGCCUGCCUUGAUCCCCCCUCGGCCAUCCAUAGCUUCGGAAAGCUUUGCUGUCCCAGAAACUCUAGGCAUUGCACCCCAGGUUCACCUUCCGCCACCAUAUCCUACGAAUGAUGAAGAUGUGCCCUACGCUGUCGAUCCCGGGUUGGAUGACCCGUCGUCCGAUGCGGUCUCGAUAUCUCCGGUCGAGUGGGAGGAACUCAAUAACAAGAUGCAGGAGAUGGCGCAGGCGAUAGCGAGCAUGAAGUCAAUCGUCCAGGCACAUUCCCAGCCAUCGCGACCGCGCAGACCAACCAAUCCCCUUUCGGAUGUUUCUGGCGGAGGUUUAAGAAGAUCAUCGACGGAGCAGAGCAACAUAUAUGGAUCCACCACAUUGAAAACAGGGUCGGUUCAUAUAGGGAAUCGGUCUGCGUUGCAUGAUAUUUUGGACCAGACGAAGGUGUCUGCAGACACAGCGGAGGCGCUUCCGAAGGACGAUCUGCUUGCAGAGCUAGCCCUAGAAAACGAUAACAGCACGUACCCUUUCCUCGAUCUUUGGUCGUCGUCGUCGGAUCCGCUGCAUUUCAAUAUUGAAGGUGUAUGUGAAGUGCUUCCCGAUGACAAUCAGUGUAUGAAAUUUCUCGAUUAUUAUAGGAAUAUUGCGGCUGUGCUGUAUCCUGUACUUCCGGAUGUUGAUCAGUUCGAGAGCAACCUAAGACGGUUACUGGAGGGCCGGCGACGGGUGGGUGUGGUUCAUAAGCCAGAUAUGCCGUAUGGAAUGAGUAUACCUUUUCUUAGCCUCUGUUUUGCGGUCUUCGCAUCCGGGUGUCAGCUAUGUGACCUGCCGGGAAUCCACCGAGAGAUGACUUCCUGGGUUUAUGUUUCAUGCUCGUACCAAUGCCUGCGCGUGAUGAAUUAUGUAUCGAAGCCCACCGUGGAGGUGAUCCAGAUCCUGUUAAUCAUUAGCCACGUACUAUCCUAUAACAUGAACGCCGGCGCUUCGUAUACAUUGCUUGGGAUGACGGAACGUAUGUGCAUGGUUCUCGGACUCCACGCCGAGGCGCCUGGAUAUACACCAGCGCUGCAAGAAGCGCGCAGACGCGUGUGGUGGGCCAUGGCGUUUCAAAAUAGUCACUUCUCCUUGGCGUACGACCGGCCUUCGAUCACGAUGAUCAGUCAACCAGAAAUCCCCUAUGACCCGAAAUCAAUGCCCGGGCAUCGAUCCUAUUUCGAAACACUAUCUCGCAUCCUUGGAGUCGUGCUUGAGACGCUUCGUAUCCUGAUGAUGGAGAGACACUCCCACCUACAGCCGAAAGAAAUUGGUGUGUACAUCCACCGAAUACGCAAUGUCCUUGGCGAGGCCAAGGUGCACCUGCGGGACCGCGAGCGUUGCCUCAAUAUGGCGGAGUCUAUCGAAUGGGCGGAAUUGAGGCUGCAUUCUUCGUACUAUAUCUCCCUAUUGUGCCGCUCUUCUUUAGACCCGGACGUGACAAUGACUGCUGAGGACCGAGAGAAGAUACGACAUGACUGCUUGACGAAUCUAAUUGGAACGGUUGAAGCAUUUAUCGACUUGCACACGAUCAAUCCUUUUGCUUCGCGCACGUGGAUCAGCGCUCAGCGGACGAUCGCGUCGGCCUUCCUUUUCAUCGCUAACACGAACGACCAGGUUUGGCCGCAGAGCCGAGACUUGCUUCUGCGACUUGAGAAAGUUCUCGAGGACCAUGUUUAUUCCGAUGGGACUGUUAAUCCGACCACGCGAACAGACACGGCCAAACACCUUUCAUCGUCGCUGGAAGCACUCCGAGCCGUAAACUCCGGGUUCGGCAAGGGGAAGAGUCAAGCAAAGAAACAGGAAGCGCCCGUGAAGGGGGAGCCUGCGCCAGAGGCAAACAUUCCCCCCACGACGCAGCUCCUGUCGUCGGCAGAAUUCGCCAGCCUCGCGGCUUCAAUGCCACCGUACCAAGAGGCAUACAGCGGCACACUGGAAGAAGGCUACCUGGGCGACAUUCUCAACGGGGUGUCCGGCGUAAUGUUGUUUCCCAAUAUGAAUCUAGGAAAUCCAUGA